GCUACUUUCAAACUCUUCUUUUCAGUAACUGUAAGUUAUAUGGGUAAACAUCUAUCUUGUCAAUUUCAGGUUGUAGCUACUGGUGCCCUCCUGUAUCAAAGGACGAUAUUCACACUUCCAACACACAUAGCAAUUGGACCUCUACAUUUAUAUUUAAUGUUCAUGUAUUUAAAGAAAAAAAGAAGUCUGGGAAGUUGUUCUUGGGCUUGGAGAUGGAGGGUUGAACUUGGAAGAUACUUAUCAACAGUUCCAGUGUGGGAAUUAAGACAAUUCAUAUGUACCACUGCUGUUAAGAGACUGAUUGUGGAGCAGGUUAAUUCAAGCCUGGAAAACAGCAGGAAACCUUGCGGUACUGCUUGGCUUCCUGUUGCACUGCAGAAGGAACCAGAAGGAGCCAUGGAGCCUAUAGUGUUGGUGGACGCUGUUCUGGAAGAAGUGACUUGUCCCAUCUGCAUGACCUUCCUGAGGGAGCCCAUGAGCGUCAACUGUGGCCACACCUUCUGCAAUAGCUGUCUCUCCAGACUCUGGGAGAUCCCGAUGGAAUUCCAGGACUGGGGCUACAUCUGUCCCCUGUGCCGGGCUCCUGUGCAGCCCACGGCCGUGAGGCCUAACUGGCAGUUGGGCAGUGUGGUGGAGAAGAUCCGAUUGCUGGGGCUGCAGCCAGGCAUGGGGCUGCAGGGCAGUACCUGCGAGGUGCACAGACAGCAUCUGACGGAGUUCUGCAGAGAGGAUGGCCUCCUCAUGUGCAAGGCCUGCAGCCAGGCCCCAGAGCACAGUGCCCACAGGAUCGUGCCCAUGGAGGACGUCUCCUGGGAGUACAAGUGGAAACUCCAUGAGGCUCUGGAGCAUCUGAUUAAACAGCAGGAACAGGCCUGGAAGCUGGAAGUUGGUGAGAGGAAGCGAACUGCCACCUGGAAGCUCCAGGUGGAAACCCGGAAACAGAGUAUCACGUGGGAGUUUGAGAAGUAUCUCCGACUACUGAACCAGCAGCCCUCGGGCCGGCAGCUGGAGGAGGAGGCAGCUGCAGCUCUGGCCAGCCUGCAGCAGGAGGAGAGAGAGACCCUGCAGAGCCUGGAGCUGAGUCACAAGCAGAUAGGGCAGCAAGGCCAGGCCCUGGCGAGGAUGGUUGCGGAACUGGAAGAGAGGACCCGCAGGCCUGUGCGCUGGAUGCUGUGGGGGAUUCAGGAAGUCUUAAGCAGGAGCAAGUCUUGGAGCCUGCAGAAGCCAGAGCCAGUCUCCCUGGAGCUGAGGACCAGUUGCCGUGUGGAGGGUCUGAGAGAGAUUCUGCGGACGUACGCAGCUGACGUGCGCCUGGAUCCAGACACCGCUUACUCCCGCCUCGUCGUGUCUGAGGACAGAAAAUGUGUGCACUACGGAGACACCACGCAGAACCUGCCAGACAACCCCGAGAGGUUCUACCGCUACAACAUUGUCCUGGGCAGCCAGCGCCUGUCCUCAGGCCGCCACUACUGGGAGGUGGAGGUGGGAGACAGGUCUGAGUGGGGCCUGGGUGUGUGCAGGGAGGACGUGGACCGCAAGGAGGUGGUCUUCUUAUCCCCCCACUAUGGCUUCUGGGUGGUGAGGCUGCGGAAUGGCAAUGAGUACCGGGCAGGGACAGACGAGUCCCCCCUCCUCUGCCUGCCUGUCCCUCCCCGCAGGGUGGGAGUCUUCCUAGAUUAUGAGGCCCAUGAUAUCUCCUUCUACAAUGUGACAGACAACGGCUCCCACAUUUUCACCUUCCCCCACGCCCCUUUCCCUGGGCCCCUGCUGCCCUAUUUCAGUCCCUGCUACAGCAUCGGAGCCAACAACACUGCUCCUCUGGCCAUCUGCUCCCUGGAGGGGGAGGCCCCGCCUGAGCCACACUCCCUGCCAGAGCCCAUGGAAUUGCCGGCCCCAGCCCCCAAGAGUCUGGAGAAGAAAGCUGACUAGUGUCCCUUUGAGUUAAGCAUCUGGGGAGCCCUCUGCCUGAGGGCAGAUGUGAGAACCAGAGCCAUUCGAAGGAGCAGGACUUUGUCCUCUCUGUAGCCCCUACCCCCUUUCCUAGUCCCUGUGGUACCGUGAUUAGGUCUGUGAGGGUGAUGGAUUGGGUCCAGCCUUCAGGACACCCUUUGGGUGGAGUUCCCAUUCCCCUCCAUGUCCAGAGUCUGGUUGCUGUGCUGGCACCAUGGAGCGAUGCUUUCACUGAGGUUUGCUGCCUCUGAGCAACCCUUGUUCAGCUCCAGGCCCUGCCCUUCUAACAUUGCAACCAAGGGUGUAGGGUCUGCCAUACCCAGGGCCCCUCAGUGGCCUCUUCCUUAUUAGCAUGAGCUAGGAGAAUCACCUUGUGUUAAAUGCUACAUGACCUACGUCCCUGUCCCCUUUUCUCUAAGUUCAAGAUCAAGUAGCUUGUGACCCUGGCUUUUAUUUUCACUUUAUGGACAAGACACCAACAUAGCCUUAAUGCAGCAAGAUAUUCAUCCUAAAGGUGCUGAAAGAAAAUAGCCAUCAAGACUUUAAACUGUUUUUUUCAUGGUUAUAUGUAACAAGAUUGAUAGAUAAACUGACUUCUCAGGU